UUUCUGUCUGUUUUGCAGUUGGUCCCUUUUUCGUUACAACGAACAUGAACGUUUAUGGCAGGGUUUACAAGUACGAUUACCCGGUGUAUCAGACAGAGGAAAUACCCUACAGACACACCCUGGUACACAAUACCCCUGUACCGGGCAUUAUUAACCCAGAUCUGGUGACCGGACUGCAGGACUUUCAGUUUCAGGACGGAGAUGUGGUGGUGGCUAGCUACCAAAAAGGAGGCUCGAUCUUGUUCCGGGUGAUGGUACAGAUGCUGUUGGGACUACCUGUGUUGGAGGACAAGUUCCACUGGUUGGAGAUAGACGGCAACACGGUUAAGGAAGAGUCACAUAUCGGGGGGAGGCGCCUUCUCAGGACACAUCUGCCGUUAAAUUGGCUGCCACAAACCAAAGCCCAUGUGACCUACCUGUUCCUUUACCCAGCUGACCCUGAUUUCAUUCUUUCUCUUUACUCCCACUUUAAAACUUCUUCAGCUAUCGGGUUUAAGGAGGGCGAUUGGGAUACUUUCUUCCGGCUAUGGAAAUCUGAAAAAGUGUUUUAUGGAUCUUUCUACAAACAUUUGGACAGCUGGAGAUCGAAGGCAGGCUCUAUGGACAUGAUAGUGUGGCCGAACAGACGAGACAAGAUUAAAAGGGACAUCAUAGAGAAGGUUGCAUCGAAACUCCUUCCAAUGACUAUUUUGUAUGCAGAAAAGAGUGACCAUCUCAUCGUGAAACACGGAUCUCCUGACAAACAGUACCUGAAAGAGUGUGAUGUCACGUGCUGUGACGUCACCAGAUCCCAACUGGUAACUGAAGUUUUUGAAUACAUGACCGCCAACAACCCCUCUACAAUGUGGAGGACUGAGCGGGAAAAGAAACUUCUAGAAGCUGGCUUGCAGUCUCUGAGCUACGAACAGCGGGAGAUUUUGAGAAAUGAGAGAAUAUUUUACAAAAUGGAAGAUGUAAAAUAGGCA